GAGUUCCCGGACAGCCCUUUGGAAUAGAAAGAAAGUGGGGCUGGCCGCAGAGAGGUGCCUCGCCCCGGGCAGCUCUGCGGGCCUCCAGCGACGCUGGCCACCUGCUUCUCAGAGCACUGCUAGACGGCCACCUGUGAAACCUGGUGGCCCCACACGGGACCGUGCCUGCCUUUCUCCACAGACCGACUUCUGCUGGGACUAGAAACUGACCUGCCAGCAGGUCCAGGCAAAGCGGCGGGAGCAGAUGGCCCACGCGGGAGACGGCAAGCGGAUGCCCUGGCUCCCCGUGCUGGUGGUGUCGCUGCUGUGCUCGGCCAGAGCAGAGUACUCCAACUGCGGUGAGAAUGAGUACUACAACCAGACCACGGGGCUGUGCCACGAGUGUCCGCAGUGUGGCCCGGGGGAGGAGCCCUACCUGUCCUGUGGCUACGGCACCAAAGAUGAGGACUAUGGCUGUGUCCCCUGCCCGGCGGAGAAGUUUUCCAAAGGAGGCUACCAGAUAUGCAGGCGCCACAAAGACUGCGAGGGUUUCUUCCGGGCCACCGUGCUGACGCCGGGGGACAUGGAGAAUGAUGCUGAGUGUGGGCCGUGUCUCCCUGGCUACUACAUGUUGGAAAACAGACCCAGGAACAUCUACGGCAUGGUCUGCUACUCCUGCCUCCUGGCACCCCCCAACACCAAGGAAUGUACAGGAGCCAGCUCUGGAGUCUCUGCCAACUUCCCCAGCACCUCUGGCAGCAGCACCCUCUCUCCCUUCCAGCACGCCCACAAAGCAGAGCUCUCAGGCCAAGGGCACCUGGCCACAGCCCUGAUCAUUGCCAUGUCCACCAUCUUCAUCAUGGCCAUAGCCAUUGUCCUCAUCAUCAUGUUCUACAUCAUGAAGACAAAGCCUUCUGCUCCAGGUGACUGCUCCCCAGUGCCCCCACUCCCUCCCACAAACGCUUGCUCGCUGACGGUUCCGUUCUGUCAGCUUACCCAGUGCAUGAGUCAGGCUCCUCACACCCUUGCGUUUCUCCAACCAGCCUGCUGUACCAGCCACCCAGUGAAGAGCGUGGAAGCCCAAGUGAGCAAGGAAGAGGAGAAGAAAGAGGCCCAAGACAGUGUGGUGAUUUUCUCUGAGAAGGACGAAUUCGAGAAGCUGACCACAGCUCCAGCCAAGACUGUCAAAAGUGAGAAUGACGCAUCAUCGGAGAACGAGCAGCUGCUGAGCCGGAGCAUGGACAGUGACGAGGAGCCUGCCACUGACAAGCAGGGCUCCCCAGAGCUGUGCCUCUUGUCCCUGGUUCACCUGGCCCGGGAGAAGUCGGCAGCCACCAAGUCAGCCGGGAUUCAAAGCCGAAGGAAAAAGAUAUUGGAUGUCUAUGCCAAUGUGUGUGGAGUUGUUGAAGGUCUCAGCCCCACAGAGCUGCCAUUUGACUGUCUCGAGAAGACGAGCCGAAUGCUCAGCUCCACGUACAACUCUGAGAAGGCCGUUGUGAAAACAUGGCGCCACCUCGCCGAGAGCUUUGGACUGAAGAGGGAUGAGAUUGGGGGCAUGACAGAUGGCAUGCAGCUCUUUGACCGCAUCAGCACGGCAGGCUAUAGCAUCCCAGAGCUGCUCACAAAACUGGUGCAGAUCGAGCGGCUAGAUGCCGUGGAGUCCUUGUGUGCGGACAUACUGGAGUGGGCCGGGCUUGUGCCCCCUGCCUCCCAGCCACCCACGACAGCCUGAGGAGCCUGCCUGUGGGCUGUCCUCCCUGGGAGGCACCAACGAUCUAACAAGGGCUCUGGAGCUGUGAGUGCUGCCAACAGACUGCCAAGAAUCGAGGCUUUUUCUCCUGUCACCAGGCUUUGCCUUAGGUUGUUCCUAGGAACAAGAGGAAAUGAGGCCCGUCUUCCAAUCUAAUCAAAGAUAAAAGAUUAAAGCUGGGAGUAUCCCAGCUCCCCACCUGUACCUCAUCAGGCAGGAUGAAUAUUUAUUCAUGAACUCAUUCAAGGGAUGUUGUUGGGUGCUCAGAUGAACCAAACAAUGUGAGGAUGACAGGGGUGAAGAAUCUGGUCCCUGUCUUUAAGGAGUUUACAACCUAGGGAGAGAGAGAAGACGUGUUUACAAACUACCUUGCUAGAGGACAUCAAAGAGUCUGGGUGAGGGGAUGGUAAGACAACGUAAUAGAAGUUCUGAGGGAGGAGAUGGCUCCCCAUGGGUGAUGAAGGAGGGCAGCCCCAUGAAGAAAGCAACUUGAAAGCCUGGUGACAUGGCUACAAAAGGCAGAUGUCCCGCUCCAUGUAGAGUGUCAGGGCCGGUACUUGUCUAUGGAUAUCCUGAGUGGCUUCAUUGGGAUACCUUUGCCUGUUCUUGAAGCCAUCCGUAUUCCUACAGCCCUUCCAGUCACUAAUGGAAGAGUUCACUCUGUGGCCUGCCUUCUGUCCUGACAUAGAAGGUGUGUGUUUGUCCGGUUAAAUAGACCUGUGUCUAGUCAGUGGCCGGUUUCACCUACUGCAUGAAUCCCAGGCCUGCCACCUGGUGGUUUUGUAUUACACAUGAAUUGCUUUCCACUCUCAUCCUUAGUCAGGUUUGACCCUUUUGUGGGCAGCAAUGCUCAAGAACACAAUCUAUUUAAAUGAUGGGUCAGCCUGUUUUUGCUUCAAACAGAAAUGAGUGGUCCGCUCUAUGUAUAAAGAGAAAUGGUGACUUCCUAAGAGUUCAGCCAUGCAUAAUUGUAGAUUUUGAGCAUCUGAGACUUGUCGAUGAGCCUUGUGGCAUGAGAGCUUCUGAACCAGUUAAGGAACGUGGGGCCCCACAGCACAGGAAGGGCCUGGGCUUAGAAUCCAGGGACCUGGUUCUAGUUGUGCCAACGUGGGCCAUUUUCUUCUCUGCAAAGAAGUUAGCCUGUGGCUCUGUAAUCAGGGUAAGUACAGUUCAGGUGGGAAAUAGGAAAGUAGGGCUGCAGGAAAUGCCAGGCCUUUGAGGUACACAUCCAGGUGAACACUGUGAGUCAUCAAGUUAAAUGAGACAUGCUUCUAAGCAGAAAAACUCAGAGUAACUAGUUGUUUGAUACACGUUUAGAGAUAAAGUAAUAAACUGGCAUUGUUCUUGGCAAAUUCUCUUACUACACCUGCAGUUGCCAAGAGUAUGGGAGCCAGGGUAGUGAUCAUACCAGGGGGUUAAUUUAGAGUUCACUGCUGAGCUUCCUAAUGACAGAUCUGACUAUGGGUUAUUACUAAAUUAAAACCAGUCUCUGACUUCCAAAGCUAUGUUUUUAAAAUUACAAGUCACAUGACUAAACAAAUGCUUUGGGGGGAGGAAAUCAGUCAUAUGUUUAGAGCCAACAAGCCAACAAACAAUUUCCCACCAAUGAAUGUAGAACAUACUGUGAUAGGAUCAUAAUUAGGUCCUGAAUAUUUAAUAUCAUCAUUUGCUGUGUCUGUUUGCUGCUGUUUUUUAGAACCUAUUUGGUAUAUCCUCCAUGGCAAAAUUUAAUUCUCCUUUUAAUUCCUCUUUGAAAUCCUACGGCACCCCUUUCUCCUGCUUUGUGAUAAUGAUAAUGAGAGUCUCCCCCUGAAUUAGGAUGCAAAUGUCACAUGUGAUGAGCAUGCCAUUCCAGGGAGACAGCCUGCAGUUUCUCAAGAACAACAUUUUCAGUGAAGGAGCAGGGGUGGCUGUUCCCAGGCCCAGAGCUUUGCCUCACUUCCUGGGGCCGGAGGUCCAGCCAGCAUCACACCAUGUUUCAGUGACCCUCAACUCGCAACUUUUAGGGAGCUAGUCCUUAUGGAGCUAAACAUUCUUUUGCCAUUUACUUAUUUGGAAACAAAUCCAAGAACAGUUUAUUUUGAUGGACUUUAGCCUACAUUAUGGAAUUCAAAUCGAUGAGACCAUAACGAUUAUCACUGACCCUCUGGGAUUUCUACCCUGCCAUUUUGUACGGAGACAGUCAUUAUUUUGCUAUACUUAAAAACAUUUAGGGAGCAUCCGAAGCUAAGAGCUAUGGGCCCUAGCCAGUGAAGUCUUAAUUGUCAAUAGUUUUGUCUAAUUUUGUAUAUAUAACUUAUUAUAUUUUACAAUUUCA